AUGCAUAUAGAUCAGACGGGAUCAGCGUACUGUGCGGCAGUUGCAGCUCUGCGGCGGGAGCGCUUCCGAAACCUCGGGGCAGCGGUGAGCCUCGUUCAUGCUGCAGGGGCGCUUCUGGUGGAGGCCUGCGUCCUGCUGCCCCGCCGGACAGCAGGAACAGCAGCAGCGACGUUCAUAAGACUGUUAUUUGUGGCGUGUAGCGUGCCCUUUUUUCUCGUCGGCUCGCUGAUCGGCAGUGACUGGUAUGCAACGGCACGGCGGCCGGCUCGACGCCGUGUUGCGUUGUCGCUGUUGGUGGCAGCGGGUGCACUUCACCAGGUCGCCAUCCUGGGCUCACUGCAGCCGCUGCUUCCAUGCUCGGCACGAAGCAAGCGCUUGAUACCUCUCUCGGAUGGAUUGAUACUCGGUGCCUUGUGUGGAUGGUGGUUUUGGCUCGUGUUUGAUCGAGCGGAGCGUUUCGCUUUCGAGCUACCGCUGCUGGCAACGAAGCGAAUGACUCGACUCCUGAGCGCACUGCGUUCUCUAAGACACCCGCGCAGUCCUAUUCUGGGGCGUAGCUAUAUGCCGAGGAUCGUUGCCGGGUUCGGCCUGUUCGUGAUAGCGCUUAGAGUGCACCGCAGGGCGUCAUUGUGGGCAAAUCUGUUCUUCCUAUCGACGCUGAUGCUCUCUGCAUGCCUCAUGGUACUACUGUGGAGCGCACUGCUCCAGCUCGUGCAGGUAUGGAUGACGAGUCCAGUCACGCUAGGAGGAAAUUCAUCGCUUGGGUCGCAUCACAGAGGGAAACGAGCUUCAGUGACUGUCGCGAGGUUUGAGCAUGCGCUCCGUAAUCGAGUCGCUGCGACGCUGUCUCUGUCACCGCAACGCCAGUCGACACCGAAGCGGACCGCUAUCGCCUCGGGCGCUGGUGAAGAGCUCCUCUGUUUGGUGCUGGAACACAGCGUACAUUUUGGUCACGUCGACAUGUUUCUGUACGCACUCUAUGAUUUGGAACGUGUCGCUCUCUUCGUUCCAGAGCGGAGACGACGAUUGUUUGCGGAUCCUCAUGGCCGAGUUCUGCUCGCAUUGCUUGACAUUUGUUUGGCCAUUCUUGAACCGGGGGCGCUCGUGGAACGGUACACCGCUCCCAAGGACCAAAAGCAGCAGCGCCUCAGCCGAACGCGGCACGUGUAUCGACUUUCAAACGCUGGCUUGUUGCACGCCUAUCGCAUGACGGCUACCUCGCUGGGCGCCUUGAUCUUGCACAGCAGUCAUGAAGAUCCAUUCGGACUCGUCCAGCGUCGCACUGGGCUGACACAACAGCGCUUGGAACAGCUUGCUGCAGCGCUUACCGCGAUUCGAUCGCGUUGUGGUACGCUGCGACCUCGACCUGGUCUAGAGCAAGCAGCGUUCAACGCUUUAUGCGAUACCCUGCAGCGAUGUCGAGCUUGGGCAGCUGUCGAGGCAGCACCGACCUGCACAGGGACAUUGACGCAUUCCUCAACGAUGCCACGGGUUUGGCGCGAGUGGCCAACGUCUAUCGAGGAGGCUGCUCGGCACCUGGAGCAGGUGCGAGCUUUUCUGACGCAUCACACGCUCAAGUAA